UGGAAGUUAGCCAUGAUUGUUGCACGCGCCAUACAUCUGCGUUGUUGGAAACCAAACGUUUUGGCUGAUUUUGUGAAAAUAUGCACAUAGAACCAACCGAAGCCAAUACCGACAAAUAUUUGCUUGAGAUAUACCCUAACAACAAGCUACAACCACACUGAAAGUGAACCGCUUUUCCUGGAAGUCGCUCGGCCAUGACAUUCUGCCACUCCGUGAAUAGAACAUUGUGUAUGUCUGGACCGUCAUCCAAAAUAUAUUCUUGGAGCGCCCGGUAGCAUUCAUUGACUGGAAGAAGAAUCCCUGACCUGGAAGCAAGUCAGCGGUACUGACCAGAAGAACUCUGUUUACUCAGACAAGCCAGUCAUCAUGCCUCGGUUUAAGAAGAAGACCGUGGGAUUAAUUGCAGUAGCUGUUUUGUGCAUUGUCAUGGGUCUACAGCAUUUCAACGAUAGUGAUAUGCUCCAGGAUGCAGCUUCUAGCCUUCGUCGACACAGCGGGGACAUCAACGUGAUGGUGCAGCAACCUCUAAUCAGAGACUUCUCAUCACUUAUUCAAAACCGAUCGCUUCUAAAGAUUAAUCGGCAGACCUCUCAUGAAUCUGUUAAGGAAGGUGGACUGUUAAAUAGAAUGUCAAUGAGAGGACUAGACCUGCCAGGUGAGUUGCCACCACGCAGCUUUGACGACCUCGGACAACACGUAGUGCCCAACACGGUGUUUUACGUUUGGUGUGGGAACAGAACAUUCGAGUAUAUUCACUACUUAAGUGUUCGCAGUGUUUGGACCCACAUGGAGCCCGAUGUAUUAGAGAUUCAUUAUAAGAUCCCACCCCGACAAGACAAAUAUAACGACUGGCUGGAUGAGCUUAAAUCCUCCAUUGCCAAUCUUGGUUUGAAGCAAAUGCCAGGAUGGGUUGGUUGUGAAAAUUCGCAUGACUUUGGCCGUGAUUUGUUACACGAUACGGGUGGCAUCUUAGUAUCCGAAGACACAGUAAUUCUGAAUCCGUUGCCAAAUUUUAGAAAGGAACACUUAUCAGUAUAUUUAGCCGAUAAUAAUAUUCCGAAAGUUCUGAUCAGCUCGGCGGGGAAUGACAAAUUAAAUGGACUGCCAUGUUUUAAAGGCUCUCAGUUUUAUAAACCUUCUCCACUUGACAACAGUGCUAUGAAGUCGUGUCAGAGGAUCCUGCAUAUUUCUGACAGUGAACUUUCCCAACCUUCCCUCUGUGUCUACAUCGUUCAGCAAUCAUAUCCAAAGCAUAUAAUAUCACUUGACAGUCCUUUAGCUGCCGAUCUACGGUAUGUUGCUUAUGGGCAGAGAGAACCUGUGUUUCCAUCCACUGACACUUCUUCAACCAUCCCCAAGAAUGUCCAUUAUGUUUGGUACAACAAGGCAAAUAUGACAUUUAUUAUGUAUUUAAGCAUCAUGAGUUCACUAUAUGUGCUCAAAGCGGACAAAGUUUUUAUUCACGGCAACAAUGCACUGGAGGGCUUUUACUGGGACAAGGUUAAGGUCAUCCCGCGAGUAAGGCUGGUUUUCAGAGAAAUCCCAAGGGAAAUUUUCGGAAAACAGGUAUUAUUCCGUCACCAUAAAAGUGACAUUCUUAGGGGAGACAUUUUAUACAAGUACGGUGGCAUUUAUGUUGACUGGGAUGCUUUGUGGUUGAGACCUGUUGAUGACAUCAUAUCCGCCGGAUAUGACGUAGUUGUUGAUAUAGAUCACCUUCCUCGUGAGCCGUAUCCGGACUCUAUCAAUAUGGGAGUAGUGCUUUCAAAACCACGAUCAAAAUUUAUAGACAUUUGGAGAAAAACCUACAGAAAAUACAGGAAUGAUGAUUUUUAUUAUAAUCCAAUCGAGGUUCCUUAUAAAAUAUAUGAGAGGCACCCGAAUUUGGUUAAAAUAGAGCCACGACUACAGGUGAUGUGCUUUCGGCUGCAGUGCCAUCCGAUCUUCCACCCACAGUAUAAAGACUUUCAACACUCCCAGCCUUUCAACUGGAGGACAGAUGCCUAUGCAAUACACUUCACGUAUCCGGACCCAGAAGAGUAUGAAAACACCACAACUCUGAACAAUGCAUCUGGGAUGUUUGCUGAAAUAGGGAAACAUAUUUUGGAUUCCAUCAAAGAUUAAAGUUAUAAGAAUAUAUGUGAUACUGAAUACUCGUGUGAAUUCGUGCGGGCGUAUGCCCUGUAAAAUAGUUGCGUUGUCGUCUUUGAGUUCCCCGGAAGUGAGUUUGGUUUUUACGCCGUUUUAUGUAAUAUCCCAACAACAGCACGGCGGGGGACAUCAGAAAUGGGCUUCACACAUUGUACACUUGACCGGAAUCGAACCCGGGUCUUCGGCGUAACAAGCGAACGCCUUAACCAGAAGGCUACCUCACCGGAAGAAGUCAAUGCACGUACAUCUAAGCUUUUUAUAUCCACUGAAUGGGUCGCUGUGGUACUUUGGUAGUUAAGUCCUUCACUCGUUAGUUGACCUGAGUUCUGUUUAAACUCAGGCUUGUGUUUGACGCCUAAUGUUCGUGUUCAGCAAUAACAUUGCUGGAAUAAAGCACCUACCUCUGCAAUGGCCACAUGAUGUUGGAAACUUGGGCACCUAGUAGUUCGACCUUGAAAUACUUGUCGGAACAGGCAACGCGAGACGCCUCUACUUCACAGGGACAUGGUGCAACCCAGUUAAGCUGCUACCGUUCGAAGCAAGAAAACAUAUCAGUUACAUUACGACAUAAUUUAGCCCGUCAUUUGCCUGUUCUAACGAAUUCAGACACGAAGCAGUCGCAGUAAUACCCCGUUACAUGUCAAUGUUUCUUUGUUUUUAUCACAGUAUUAUGUUAUGUAUUUCUGUUCAAUCAGAGAAUUACCUAGUUCAGAUCCAUGUCUGAACGCCGCUGUGAUACAGCUGUAGUGACUACCGACAGCAACCCGUGAAGAUCCGGGUUAGAACUGAUCUUCAGCAACCCAUGCUUGUCGUAAGAGGCGAUUAACGGGAUCGGGAGGUCAGGCUC